AUGGAGUGGGAAGAGGAGGUCAGCCUGGCCCCCGAUGGCUAUGCGGCCUUCAAGGUCAGAAUCCGGGAGCUGCCUAUGGCAGAUGGUGUGCACGCCUCCACUGGCUGUCAGCUCUGGUCUUCCAGCGUCGUCUUGGCACGGGAGAUCAUGGCCAGGCCAUAUUUGGUGGAGAAGAAGGCGGUACUAGAGGUGGGCGCGGGCUGCGGACUGCUGGGCAUCUCCGUGGCACGCCUGGCCAGGCAAAUGCUCAUCACAGAUGGCGAUGAGGAGGUAGUGAGAAAUCUCUCCCACAACCUGGAGAUCAAUCGGUCUUUGUGGAAAGCAGCGGGCCCAAGUUUGCAGGACGUGAGCUGUCGCGUGCUGCGCUGGGAGGAGCUGUUGGAGAAGCCUUGGCCGGAGGAGCCUUUAGAGGUCAUCGUAGCCUCAGACAUCAUCUACGGCAACUGGGGGGAGACCGUGGCGGAGGCGCUCUGCAGUGUGUUGGCGCCGGGUGGACUGGUCCUGUUGGCCUGCUCAGAGGACCGCCGCGGAGGUGUCCGUGGGUUUCAGGAGCGGAUGGAGCAGCGGGGCUUCAACAUCUUGGAGACCAAGCUCAGGCAUGCCGCAUGCCUUUGCCACGCAUGCGACGCGCGGGUCGAAGCUGAGCUCUCGCUCGCCAUGUCCGUCACAGCGGAGGAGGUGGCCAAGCACAACAAGGACAGCGACUGCUGGGUCAUUGUGGGCGACCAGGUCCUGGACGUCACCAACUUCCUGGCGGACCACCCGGGGGGCAAGAAGUCCAUCAUGAUGUUCGCCGGCAAAGACGCCACCGAGGAGUUCGACAUGCUCCAUGACCGCAAGGUCAUCAAGAAGUAUGGCCUUGAUGAGGGCACCGUUCUGCUGAAGGGCACCCUCAAGAAGCCGCCUGUGAGGUGGACUUUAUGGACCCCGGCACUCCGGCUGGGCGGCAGGGCUGUUCUCACCUUGGCACGUGAGCAUUGGAAUCAGGACAGCGACUGCUGGGUCAUCGUGGGCGAUCAGGUCCUGGACGUCACCAACUUCCUGGCGGACCACCCUGGAGGCAAGAAGUCCAUCAUGAUGUUCGCCGGCAAAGACGCCACCGAGGAGUCGAGCGCUCAGUUCUCCGAUGUAGCUUUGUUUGAGCUGGUGCGAACACCCAUAUAUAUAUAUAUAGGUCCUGUUAAAAGCCCCUUCCUGUAUUUCCAGUUUGGUUGCAACUGCUGGAACCCUCUAAAUCACGUCAUUUUGCAUUUUUGA